GCCGGAAUCUACAUCUUGGGAGCGCUGGAUUAUUCUCUCUUUGUGACUUGGUGACUUUCCGCCGUGGUUUCUGGGAAGGAUUUCGCCGCUCUCCGAAGUUGUUGCGCGAGCACUCGGGCUUCGUGGGCAGGUUGUGGGCUCUUCGGCCUCGGAUUUGGCGUUUUUCUCCCGUGAGACUGUCGUGGGACUGCUUUCCACUGUGGAUUAUAACUGCAACAUGACGCUGGAAGAGGUCGUGGCGUGCGACAACGCGGCGCAGAAGAUGCAGAUGGUGAGCGCCGCGGUGGAAGAGCUGCUGGUGGCGGCGCAGCGCCAGGACCGCCUCACCGUGGGGGUGUACGAGUCGGCCAAGCUGAUGAAUGUGGACCCUGACAGCGUGGUCCUGUGCCUCCUGGCCAUUGAUGAGGAGGAGGAGGAUGACAUCGCCCUGCAAAUCCACUUCACGCUCAUCCAAUCCUUUUGCUGUGACAACGACAUCAACAUUUUGCGAGUGUCGGGCAUGCAACGCCUGGCACAGCUGCUGGGGGAGCCCGCCGAGACGCAGGGCAGCACCGAGGCCCGAGACCUGCACUGCCUCCUGGUCACGAAUCCUCACACAGAUGCCUGGAAAAGCCAUGGCUUGGUGGAGGUAGCCAGUUACUGUGAAGAAAGCCGGGGGAACAACCAGUGGGUCCCCUACAUUGCCCUCCAGGAACGCUGAGGUCCUUCGAGCAUCAGAAUGUUGCGUUGCUGCCAAAAUAGAAAAUAAAUACUUGACACCCUCCCCCCAACCCCCCCAAAACAACCCAACCCGUGAGCGAGACUACGGGGGCAGGAUCAUUGGAGAUGAAGACCAGAAGAGGGGAGCGGUGGCCACCCCAGAGCCAAGCGCCUGGAGCAGCGCCAGUGUGGCCACGGAAGAGAAGAGGGGUCCCGGGGGUCCCGGCGCAGGAGAGGAGGCCCUGGAGCUCAGGCCUUGACGAGCAGAAACUGGAGUGGGGGGCUGCUGCCUUCCCUUGUGGAGCUCCUGGACGCCACACUGGGGCGGGGAGACUUGAAUGCACUUCCUCACCUUUCUUGAUACUGGAGCUGGCAGGACCGACGGAGCUGGCUGACCCGAGGGUCUGCACCCUCACCAGGACUAUACUUUGGGACUCGGGAGCUGGGGCUGUGUUGCUCGGUGCCCAGCACUCCCAGUUUGCAAACUAAAUAGACAAUAUUUUGUUACUUGCAGUUGUUACUUGAAUCACUGAGAGAAGGGAAGCUUGCAGAUACAUAUAUUCUUACUUCUACUAUGAUGGCCUUGUAAUAAAUAUCUAAAGUUUC